UUGCUAUGGUAACCACCAACUGCCAAGAGCAACAAGCUCCACUAAAUCUCUGAAGAAACAACUUGUUGACUAACCAAAAUAAUAUGAUAUUGGUUUCAUUAUGUCUUCACAGAUUUGUAUAUGGCUACUUCAGAGAAAGCUUUACAUCUAUGAGAUUUUGCAACCAAGUGUGUGUUGUCCCUGUUGUCCCUGAGAAGGAUUUAUUUGACCUGGAAAAUAAACUUGAUGAGAUAGAUAGGAAUGAGGACGGGCAGUGCCAGAAAAGCAGCUGCAAGAUGGGAGAAAUGAUAAUGGAAUCAGGACUAAAAUAUGCUCAGCCAAGCACGCUGACUGGACGGAGCGAUGUGAACGCCGUGACAAACUGGAACGUUCCUCUCGUCUGGGAAGGGACCUUUGAUCCUGUGGUCAUUGAUGCAAUCUAUAAGAGAAUAAACCCAAGAAUAGCUGUGGUGGUUUUUGCUGUUGGCAAGUACACUCGUUUUCUACAGAAAUUUAUUGAGACAGGAGAGAAGUAUUUCUUUGUCGGCUUCAAUCUCACUUACUACGUUCACACAGACAGAGAAAACGAAGUCCCCAAGGUGAGCUGCUUGUAUUUUUAUUCUUAGCCCUUCAACAAUUGU